GUAAACAUACAAAAUAAUAUACUUGUUUAUCCACACAAGGCUCAACAAAUUCAAACAUAGCUGAAUGUGUGGAAGGUAAAAUAGGACUAAUGUCGUGUGAGUCUUCUGGACAGUCAGGUACAAGCUCUAAUAAUACACCAUGCAGUGUACCUGGUGAUUUUGCAACUGACCUACUUUCAAGGCAACAAGAUUGUAUCAAUCUUCCAUGUGACGUCAUUGAAUCCAACCAAUUAUAUUUACCAGGUACAGCUUCAUUGAAGAUGGAUUAUGGAUGUUAUAUGCAAAGUGUUUUUUAUCUUGCCGGAAAUCCCAGUGCACAAAAUGCUCAGACAAAUAAUCUGCCAUCUAUACCAUCAAGUGAAUGUUCUUUUCACAGCGACCCAGUAAACUCGAAUCCAGUAUACACAAAUUCAAUAUUUACCGAAUUUCCUACUCCUUCAACAUGUCAAUGGAAUGAUAUUGCAAGAACUUUCAGAUUAUUUGGAUUUACUGAAUCAGUCCCACCCGAAGAUAUAAUGGAGCCAACUCUUACACCUGAAACGCAUUUCUGUGCUGAAGAUGAUGCUGAAUGUUUAGAGAGAUCUAUUGGUAUGUUUGUAUACUAUGAAAGAAUCAUUGCAAUAAUGGGUGGUCGAUCUGUUGAUCAACGUGUAGCGAUUGUACAAAAGUAUCAAUCAAUGUACAAAGAAGAUUUAUCUGCAAGAUUUUCAUUUGAAUCAAAAGGAUGUUUAAUUGAUUGUUUAGUCAAGUUGUGUUAUACACCAGAAGAAUUCGAUGCAAUCGAAAUUCGUAGAGCAAUGAGAGGUGUCGAUACUGAUGAGGAUACAAUCAUUGAAAUUCUUUGUUCGAGAACAAAUGAACACAUCAGAAGAAUUAAACAGGUAUAUCCAAAAUUAUUCUAUGGACGUGAUUUACAAAACGAUGCCAACAAUGACACUGUGCAUCCUUUUAAACGCAUAUGUAUAGCUUUACUGAAAGCGGAUAGAGAUGAAUUUCCAUUUGUAAAUGGAAAUGUUGUACGAAGCGAUGCGGAAGAAUUAUUUACAGUGGUGAAUCAACAUGGUGGAAUGGAUGAAUCAAAAUUAAUUCCCAUCUUGACUAGACGAUCGUAUGUUCAUUUACGAGCUGUAUUCAAUGAAUAUUCAACACUUGGUGAAUGUAAUAUGGAAGAGGAUUUAAAAUCGAACAUGCAUGAACCUACACUGAGUUGUUUACUUUCCAUAGUUUGUUGUAUACAAAACAGACCGAAAUAUUUUGCAACGAAAUUAUGGAACAUAAUGAAAUCUACUGGAAUAAAUGAUAAUACAGUGAUGAUGCGUAUUAUUAUUUCUCGUUGUGAAAUUGAUAUGAAACAAAUUCUCAAUGAAUUUGACAGCUUAAAUGGAAAAUCACUAAAGGAAUGUUUAGAACUUCAAUGUAAACAACUGGAAGAUGAAGAUGAAAUAAGGAUAUCGAAGAGUAAUAAUCCGUGCGAUGCUCGAUUUUACUGUGAUAAAACGCCAAUUCAAUAUCGUCGUCUGUUACUGAGGCUUAUCGGAGCAUAAUCUUUGCUUUAACUGCAUUAUCAGUUAUUUACGUAGAUUGAAUAAAGUCGACAAAAGUAACAAUAAAUGACUUAAUUCGUCAGAACUUAUGAUUAAGUGUUAUUGAAAGUGUAUUCAAUGACUGUAAUUAUUUUGAUUAAAUUAAAAUAUUCUGUUGCUUGAAUAUAAAUUGUAUUGUAAGAAGAAAAUAUUGUUCAU